UGUCAACUGUCAGUGCAGUUUUUGAAGUUCCAGAUAUAAAGUGAAAUUACAUACCGAAAAUUGUAUUUCUGAAAUGGGUGCCUAUAGUGAAAUGUUAAUGGAACUGGAGUCCGCUGAGAAUGCUGAGUUUCAGCCAGAAGUCCAAGCUAGUCUGGCAUUAGCCAUGCCAACCACUACUGCUGAUGUGCCAUUCCUUAAUAUGGCCUUCAAUCCCAUGUUGCUGCCGCAGGAGUCGCUGCCGCAUGAUUUUAAGGCUGGCUUUGUAUUUUCGCCGUGCAGCUUACCGGCUUAUCGAAGUGCCGGGCACAUGCGCAAAUCUCCUUACCAAAGCUGCAAGGAGCUGCCGUAUGUUCCUCCUUUAUGCGUAGGCCAAUGGCUUGAAGGCGUCAAGUCGCCCCUGUAUUUCAUGUCGCAUUUAAGUACCAUAAUGUUCACAGUGGAGCAACCAGAACUGCCGUUCAUCAUUUUCCAGCUGCAGCAUCUGUGCGAAACGGAGCGCAUUGUGAUAGACAAAAUUCAACAAAUUGCACGACAAUUUCCGAUUUACUAUGAAGAUAACAAGUUGGCGGAUACGGAUUAUAUGCCGCCAAUGAAAAAAUCUCGCCUUACGCCGUUUAAGCCCGCGUACAUGCAAGAGCAAGACUAUCAACAUUACAUGAACGAUGAUGGCUUCAUGCAAUCGGCUGCAGUUAUGCCCAAAGUAUGCUACUCCACGCUAAGCGGCAAGAUGCAGGACAUAAUGCUGGUGCUAGAUGGACUGAUUGUGGCCAAUGCGCAGUUGACUCACGAGCUGCUUGAUCCUGAAUUUUCGCAGAAGGUGCAGGAUCAAUACACGGAGCUCAUCAACGAGCGUCACCAGCUUUUGAGUAACUUAGCUGCCACAGCGGUUGCUGCACGUUGCCAGGGACUGUUGUUGCUGCUACGCGAUGAUUAACAUAUAUUCAAUACAUUAUUUUCACAGAUCAUGCAAUUUAUUCAAGUAUUAUAUGUAUAUGUAUUAGUUUUUGGGGAAGUUUACGCAAGUGACAAGCACAUAGCUAAACAUUGUAUGCAUCGUGUAUUAACGACUACAUAAAAAUUCGUUAUUUAAAAAAAAAAUUACAGGAGUGUCACAAAAAUCACUGGAGCCUCAAAAAUUGCGUGCCGCUGUUCCAAUGUUCCAAUUCUUUACGCGCUUCCAACAUUGGAGCAACGGAACUCACUGUCACCAGUGAUUUCUGUGUCCGCUCCUGUGUGUUCCGUCCAUCCUUAUAGUGUAUAUGUAUAUAUGCAUAUCUGUUUGUUUGUAUUUUUUUUAUUUUGUUGCUAAUAAACGUAGGACGCACUAUUCGAGUAAUAACUCGGUUUAUAUAUUGAUAAAUAUAUGCUUACAUUUGUAUGAUUAUUAUAAUAAUUGAAAUUUCCACGUUUUU